ACGUGGCCUCUGCCCCUUCCGUGCAGAGGCAACAUGGCGGCCUCAGCAAGCUGUAGCUGCGAGAUUUGAAUUACUUCACUCGUAGCUGUUGCAUUCCUGACGAUGGCCUCUGUGGUUUCGUGCGAUUCGCGUCCGAGCUCAGACGAGCUCCCUGGGAACCCCUCUUCACAAGAAGAAGAUGAGAACUGUGAUUUUAAAGAUCGGGUCACCGACUCGGGUUCAUAUUCCUCAGCGAGUAGCGAUUAUGAUGAUCUUGAGCCUGAAUGGCUGGACAGUGUGCAGAAAAAUGGAGAGCUGUUUUAUUUGGAAUUGAGUGAGGAUGAAGAAGAAAGCCUCCUUCCUGAGACACCAACUGUGAACCAUGUCAGGUUCAGUGAAAAUGAGAUUAUCAUUGAAGAUGAUUACAAAGAAAGAAAAAAGUAUGAACCCAAACUCAAGCAGUUUACCAAAAUUUUAAGAAGGAAAAGACUUUUACCCAAGCGCUGCAAUAAAAAAAAUAGCAAUGACAAUGGACCAGUAUCCAUUCUAAAGCAUCAGUCCAAUCAGAAGACAGGAGUCAUUGUCCAACAGCGGUACAAAGAUGUGAAUGUUUAUGUAAACCCCAAAAAGCUAACUGUCAUCAAAGCCAAAGAGCAGCUCAAGCUUCUGGAAGUGCUGGUUGGAAUUAUUCAUCAGACCAAGUGGAGCUGGAGAAGAACUGGAAAGCAGGGUGAUGGAGAGAGGCUUGUGGUCCAUGGCCUGCUGCCAGGGGGAUCUGCUAUGAAGAGUGGUCAGGUACUCAUUGGUGAUGUCCUUGUUGCUGUGAAUGAUGUUGAUGUUACUACUGAAAACAUCGAGAGAGUUCUGUCUUGCAUUCCUGGACCUAUGCAGGUGAAACUGACAUUUGAAAAUGCAUAUGCUGUGAAAAAGGAGACAUCCCAACCAAGACAGAAAAAGACACAGUCGAACACAAGUGAUUUAGUCAAGCUUCUCUGGGGAGAAGAGGUUGAAGGUAUCCAGCAGAGUAGCCUAAACACUCCUCAUAUCAUUAUGUAUCUCACACUACAGCUCGACUCAGAAACCUCAAAGGAAGAGCAGGAAAUUCUUUAUCAUUAUCCAAUGUCUGAAGCAUCUCAGAAACUUAAAAGUGUGAGAGGGAUUUUUCUCACACUCUGUGACAUGCUGGAAAACGUAACUGGGACACAAGUUACUAGCUCAUCCCUCCUUUUAAAUGGAAAACAAAUUCACAUGGCUUAUUGGAAAGAAUCUGACAAGUUGUUGCUAAUUGGCCUGCCUUCUGAAGAAGUUCCUCUUCCUCGGCUAAGGAAUAUGAUAGAAAAUGUCGUCCAAACCUUAAAAUUUAUGUAUGGUUCUUUAGAUAGUGCCUUUUGCCAGAUUGAGAAUGUUCCUCGCUUGGAUCAUUUUUUUAACUUGUUCUUUCAAAGAGCACUUCAGCCUGCGAAACUGCAUUCCAGCUCCAGUCCCAGUGCUCAGCAGUAUGAUGCUUCCAGUGCAGUACUUUUAGACAGCCUCCCUGGAGUCCGGUGGCUCACACUUCCACUGGAAAUCAAGAUGGAAUUAGACAUGGCAUUAAGUGACUUGGAGGCUGCAGAUUUUGCAGAACUGUCUGAGGAUUACUAUGACAUGAGGCGGCUGUAUACAAUUUUGGGGUCUUCUCUAUUUUACAAGGGUUAUUUGAUAUGCAAUCAUUUACCCAAGGAUGAUCUUAUUGAUAUUGCCGUAUACUGUCGCCACUAUUGCCUGCUGCCUUUAGCAGCAAAACAAAGAAUUGGUCAGUUGAUAAUAUGGAGAGAAGUGUUUCCUCAGUAUCACCUCCGACCUUUGGCAGACUCAAGCGCUGAAGUCUUUCCGGAACCUGAAGGAAGAUACUUUUUGCUAGUUGUUGGCUUGAAACAUUAUAUGCUAUGUGUACUCUUAGAAGCUGGAGGUUGCGCAUCCAAAGCUAUUGGGAGUCCUGGACCAGACUGUAUAUAUGUGGAUCAGGUCAAAACAACUCUUCACCAGCUAAAUGGAGUAGAUUCUCGCAUAGAUGAACGGCUAGCAUCUUCUCCAACCCCCUGUUUGUCUUGUGCUGAUUGGUUCCUUACUGGAUCACGUGAAAAAACAGAUAGCUUGACCACUUCCCCUAUUCUCAGUAGGCUACAAGGUACUUCCAAAGUAGCAACUUCUCCAACAUGCAGAAGAACCCUUUUUGGUGACUAUUCCUUAAAGACACGUAAGCCCAGUCCUUCCCGUAGCAGUGGAGGAUCUGACAAUGGUUGUGAAGGUGGAGAAGAUGAUGGCUUUAGCCCCCAAACUACACCGGAUGCAGUACGGAAGCAAAGAGAAUCUCAGGGCUCUGAUGGUUUAGAAGAAAGGGGGACCUUGCUUAAGGUCACUAAAAAGAAGUCUACUCUUCCAAAUCCAUUUCAUUUGGGAAACUUGAAAAAGGACCUUCCAGAAAAAGAAUUAGAAAUAUAUAAUAAAGUGAAACUGACAUCUGGUCCUGAGAACACACUUUUCCAUUAUGUUGCCUUAGAAACAGUGCAAGGAAUCUUUAUUACUCCUACCCUUGAAGAGGUGGCACAGCUAAGUGGCUCUAUCCACCCUCAGCUAAUAAAGAAUUUCCAUCAGUGUUGUCUUUCCAUUCGUGCAGUUUUCCAACAGACAUUGGUUGAAGAGAAAAGGCAAGGACUAAAUAGUGGAGACCGUUCAGAUUCCGCAAAGUCGGUGUCUUCUCUUAACCCUGUUAAAGAACAUGGUGUGUUGUUUGAAUGUUCACCUGGAAACUGGACUGAUCAGAAAAAAGCACCACCAGUUAUGGCCUACUGGGUAGUAGGCACUGAUCUGGAUGCAGAGGCUAUAGCAAUGAAUAAAAGAGCUAAAAAUUCCUGCCCUCGUGGAGUUUAUGUUCCAGUGGGAGAGGCAUACCACAGACAAGAUAAAACUGGCUCCACUCACCUUUCCUGCUCCGUGCUCACCACCUCCGGACCCCUCCCUCAUCAGAAAACCGAGGCUCCACUAGUAGAAGUGCGAAGGCGUCACCUCGCAUCCAGAAGCCACGUGUCAGGAGUCACGUGUCAGGCGUCACGUGUCAGGCGCCUAGUGGCUGGAGGCCGUUGGAGCGCCUGCGCAGCUUUUCCGAACGCCCCAAGCCGGCGCGCAGGUAUCCCAGCGUCCCAAGAGCCACUUUCUCGCCAGGACGAUGCUACAGCGGUUUUCAGCUUCUCUUCAUCGUCGCUCCCACACUCAUUUUUAGCCACUGCUGCAGGUUUUAUAUCCUUCUCCAUCAUGCAUCGUGAGCCGGCGAAGAAGAAGGCAGAAAAGCGGCUGUUUGACGCCUCGUCUUUCGGGAAGGACCUUCUGGCCGGCGGAGUCGCGGCAGCUGUGUCCAAGACAGCGGUGGCGCCCAUCGAGCGGGUGAAGCUGCUGCUGCAAGUGCAGGCGUCGUCGAAGCAGAUCAGCCCGGAGGCGCGGUACAAAGGCAUGGUGGACUGCCUGGUGCGGAUUCCUCGCGAGCAGGGUUUCUUCAGUUUUUGGCGUGGCAAUUUGGCAAAUGUUAUUCGGUAUUUUCCAACACAAGCUCUAAACUUUGCAUUUAAGGACAAAUACAAGCAGCUAUUCAUGUCUGGAGUUAAUAAAGAAAAACAGUUCUGGAGGUGGUUUUUGGCAAACCUGGCUUCUGGUGGAGCUGCUGGAGCAACAUCCUUAUGUGUAGUAUAUCCUCUAGAUUUUGCCCGAACCCGAUUAGGUGUCGAUAUUGGAAAAGGUCCUGAAGAGCGACAAUUCAAGGGUUUAGGUGACUGUAUUAUGAAAAUAGCAAAAUCAGAUGGAAUUGCUGGUUUAUACCAAGGGUUUGGUGUUUCAGUACAGGGCAUCAUUGUGUACCGAGCCUCUUAUUUUGGAGCUUAUGACACAGUUAAGGGUUUAUUACCAAAGCCAAAGAAAACUCCAUUUCUUGUCUCCUUUUUCAUUGCUCAAGUUGUGACUACAUGCUCUGGAAUACUUUCUUAUCCCUUUGACACAGUUAGAAGACGUAUGAUGAUGCAGUUGACCAUCCCAAAUCUGAAAAUCCUAAAUGCAGAACACCCCAAAAUUCAAAAUGUUUUGAGCACCAACAUGAUGCUCAAGGGAAAUGCCCAUUGGAGCUUUUCGGAUUUCAGAUGCUCAGCUGAGUGGUGAAGCUAAACGGCAAUAUAAAGGAACCUUAGACUGCUUUGUGAAGAUAUACCAACAUGAAGGAAUCAAUUCCUUUUUUCGUGGCGCUUUCUCCAAUGUUCUUCGUGGUACAGGGGGUG